GAUAAGACUGGGGGCAGACGUGGAUGAGACAGCUCUGGGAGAUUCUACUUGGGCUGGAAACCGGGGAGAACCAGAUUACUCUCUGCUAUUGGAGCCUGUGAGAAGAGAAGGCCUGGAGCGGAGGAGUGGAGCUGAGGCUCCUCGUGUGGCCCGUGUGGAGCCAACGGAGGUUGGUUGUGUUAUAGAGGAGCCUGACGAGGGAACCGUGGGGGUCUCGAAGGACAAAGUGGAGCCUUCAAGUUUGAAGGUUGAAGGAACUUUCCAGUCUGGAAGGAUGGGUGAAGGAGCUGCUAGGGUGGACAUGGUGUCUGCAGAGGAUCCGCGGGAGUUAAUCCCAGCUGAGAGUGAUAGGCUCUCAAGGGUGGAAGCCCUUCUCACCAAGGUGAUGGAGGAGAACCAAGCCCUGCGGAGGCAACUGCAGUCGGAAUCCAAUAGUUUGGGUUCUUCGCUGGUGUUUCAGUUAGUCCUUAGGGAACACCAGAAGGAUGUCACGCCCGUUGUACCCAGGGUAGAGACCCGUAACGCGCUGGAGAGCCCCGGGGGAGAUAUUCCUUCAGACUCAGGUGCUUUGAGAAGGGUAACGGGAUCCGGGGGUGUGGAGAAGGACCAGGUGGACGGUCGGGUCUUUGUGGUCUUUGGUGAGAACUCUGUAUCGACGAAUGGUAGGGCUGCUUUGGGGCACCUGGGGUCUAUGCCUCUAGGAAUGUGGAUUGAGCCGGUCGGGUUGGACUCCUGUGGUCCUUCGGAUUAUUCAAAGAAAGUGGGUGGAGUGGACUAUGGAGUCUUUGAGUCAGGAGUGCAUUCACUGAGUGUGGAUAUCUCGGGACCGUUCAUUAAGGGGCGCUCCUAUGAUGUUGAGGCAAGCGGUAGGGAUAAGGGAGAUGGCUAUCGGUAUUUCUUAGCUGGGGCUUAUACUAUCCCAGAUAAGUUCGGGGCCGAAAAAGAAGAUGUUCAGGAUACAGACGACUAUUACCCUUCGGACGAUGAGCAAUUGGUGAAGGAAGGCCCUGUUGAGGAGGGGAGGCAGGGAUUCCCCGAUGAUUUUCUUAACCUUCCGGAAUUGUUCGAGGAUGAGGUUGGGGUAAAGGUUGUGACUCGGCGGUUUAAAGGUAAGCAAGCUGAGCCGGCAGAACUGGAAGAGCUGCCAACUCCUGUGACAGAGUCGGUCCCUAAGGAGUCCUACCGUACCCUGUUUAUCGGGGAGUGGGAAGGCGAAGUUAGAUGGGUAAUAGCCGCCUUCGUUCCGAGGGAUGUUGAUGGAACGGCGCCGGAAAGCUGGACCGAGAGCGAGGGAGUUCUAGGAGUCACUGUGGACGUGAAGUCUGCCUUUCUUUAUGCCCCUAUAAGGUGGCAGGAGCGGGAGUAUUUGUUGCAACAAACCAAGACGGAUGAUGCACUGUGGCUGAUUAAGCCUGCGGAUGCAACUUCGGCCGGAGAGACGGUUGGAGUUCUUGUCGUGUAUGUCGACGACUUGGCGUGUUUUGGACCCGAGGGACUACUUCAGGCCUUUUUGUCGGCGGUGCAAGCCAAGUGGAAGACGUCCCCUCCUGAAUGGUUGGGUGAGCGGCCCGUCACCUUUUGCGGAAUUGAGAUUGCGCGUAACCCCACUGGCUAUCGCUUGACACAGUGCGCCUACACCAAGGAGUUGAUCAACCGGUAUAAUAUUGAGGAGUCGUGUGCUGUGCCUAUUCACAAGUGGGUGGAACCGGAACCAGCAAUUGAGCCCAGUGUGGACGACAUCAGGGCAGCCCAAGGGGUGACUGGGGCACUUCUCUGGUUAUCUACUAGGACAAGACCGGAUUUGUCCUAUGUCGUGUCACGGUGUGGUCAGCAAGCAACCAAGGCACCUCAGGUGUCAAUUGCGUUAGGCAGGCAGGCUUUGAGCUAUCUGCGGGGGACUUUGGAUGUCGGUAUUGAUGUGCCGUUUGCAGUUGGUAGCCCUUUUUCGGAUCACGGGCUACUGUCCCUUCCCCGCACCGACAAGGUGUUGGAGCUAUAUACUGAUGCCUCUCAUAGCCCUGGUGGGGAUCGGUCGAUGCAGUCCUCGUUUGUCGUGUGGAGGGGAGUGCCGGUAGCCUGGGAGGUGGUGGAAGCGGUUCAACCUUUGAUAGACGAGUUGAUAGAGGAUGACUCAGUAAUCGCUUUGCUUGCAGACAACGAAGCCGCCAUCAGCCGAGAAAGAGUCGAGGCAGGCCUGUUGAAGGCAAGGUUAAUGCAGCUUCUCGAGCUGGUCAACGUAAGGUCAGCAGUAGGCCUGGCAAUUUUGGCUGCGGUGCCACAAGUGACCGGGCAACCAACCGCUGAACGGUUUGAAGAGGGCACAGGCUGGUUGCUUUGGUUUUUCGGAGUCUUAGUGACCGUGGCUUGCCUGAUGUGGGGUUGGUGGAUAGCCCAGGGUUCUGAAGGAUCUGAGGAAGAGACUUCGGGAUUCAGCGAGGGUGAGGUUGCCGGUCUUGGAAUUGAGGUUCGGGGUGACUCCGGAGGGUUUUCAGAGGAAGUGGCCGUUGCUGACACUUCCCCAGCUCGGGCAACCCUUGAGCCUGCGAGUGCUGAGCGCGCGGUUGAAGAGGAUGAUGAUUUCACUGAAGAGGAAUGGGCCAGGGCACAGGCUAAGUUGAUUUCGGAGGAACUUAGAGUUGGGUUGACGCUAGUGCAGAGGGCCCGUGUUCGACGAGCUAUUUCGCGAGGUGAUGUUGUAGACCCACCUACGUUUCAGCAAAGGCAGGCUCCAGUCUUCGAAGUGAGUGUAGGAGCUGGCAUGAUCUCGGAUCUGUUUGUUCAUUUGGGGGUGUUGUUAGCCACUUUGCUUGGAGCUCAGGAAACGGACGCCGGGAACCAAUGGCUCCCGCUGGCAAUUGCUCCGGCGGAGGAGAGUGGAUCGUCAACGACGGACCCUGUCUCCAGUCCUGCUCAGAGUUGGUCCUUGACGGCAAUCCAGGAUGUAGUCCGUGGGUUAGAAACUGGUGUUUGGCCGGAUUGGACCCAAGCUCUUCAAGACAUCCAGAGCGAUGAAGGCGAGUCGAAUGCAAGCGGGAGUGCCCCGGGAAGGGAAUUUGCUCAGAGCUCAGGGUGGACAUGGUUAGCCUUGGGAUUUUGGAUGCGGUUCUUUGUGGUGUUUUGGGUGUGUAUGGGUACUGUAGGGGGUACUUCGGAGCUUGUCAUUGAUCGUGCCUUGGUUGAUUGCUCAGUGUCUUCCUGCGUUAAUGUAGACAAGCGUGUCGUUGCCUGGGCUGAUGAUGCUGUAUCCUUCGGAACCGGGGGUGGUUGUGAUGGGUCUACCUUGUGGGAGGUUAGCAAGGUUUUGAUCGUCAUUGUCACUUGGGAAAUCCUACGUAGAAGUUGGACGUUGUGGACAGGACGAAAGGCCACUCCACUUGAAAGGGAGUCUCAAACAGAUGACUCCAGUUUCGUGCCUUUGCCUCUGCCUCAGGGCAUUCCUUACAGGGCACGAAUUCUCUUUAGCCUCUGGCGGGCGGGUUAUAAGAUUGACUCGGAGUUCUAUCCUCAGGAGGUUCAGGAUGAGUUGCAUUGGUUGAUAGGCGACCAUUUAGUUGCUCUCGAGGAGGGUGAUCCUUUAGACGACUCCUCGGGAUAG